AAAGCCAGUUGGAGAAACAAGUUUUCGAGUGAUCUUCUUCGCGCGUCCAGCGGCGUCCAACUGCUUGUUGGCUGCUGCCUGCCCUGCCACAACUCAUUUAGCUGCGAGUCGGCGAACCGCAAACAACACGACAAACUGCUCCAAAAAGUGCCAUUCCAAGAUGUCUAACAAUCUGUGGCUGUUACUGUCGCUGUUGGCCCUGGCCGGAACGGUGAGAUCGCAGGAAUAUCACUACCAGCGCCCCCAAGUACCCUUCAGCGAGGUGUCAGCGCGUCGUCAGCAGCCUGUCAAAUAUGUGGUCCAAACUCUGGGGCCCAACAGUCGCACCUAUGACCUGGAAUCCCACCUGGCGCCGGCCAUCUAUGAGAACCACCAGACUGUGCAUGUGAGGGGACAGAGGGGACAGCAGAGUAAGCUCGGAUAUGGAUACCAGAGCGCACAACAGCAGUUGCUUGUACAGCCGCAACAAUACGCACCGCAGCAGCAAGUGCAGUAUCUGGCACCGCAGCGGGUGCAGCAGCCACAGCUGCAGUAUUCGACCAAUGCAAAUCCAUUGCUGGGCAGCGGUAGCUAUCAGCAAUACUCCUCAGCCGUGGCAGCUCCUCUGAACACGCUGGCAUUGGCUCCCCCCGCACCUCCACUCAGCUACUACCAGCCUCAGACUCAACCUCAGACUCAGGUUCAAGCUCAGCCACAGACUCAACUUCAAGGCCAAUACGGAGUGCCACAGCAGCAGAGCCUGGCGCCACAGCGACUCUACUUUGCCAACCCACAUCCCUAUGCCAUGGUAAGGCUCCCCUCGGGGCAGCAGGUGUUGGAUGCUGGUCAUGGCUCCGGCGUGCCGCCCACAGCGGUGCUGAACACGCUCCUCACCAGCACGGGUCUCACCGAACCAGAGCCGAGAAAGGGCAACCAGGUGGCCCAGUCGGAGAGCGCGUCGCUCGAUGGCUACGACUACAAGCAGACGAUUCCCGGUGACACCAGGGAGUACCAGCGUUACGUGACCAACUGCCAGCCCAACGGACAGUGCCAACAGCAGAUCCUCAGUCCGGGCCAAGUGGAUCCGGGACACAGGCAGCUGCUGCAGGACAUACGCGCCGUGGCCCAUGCUCAUAUCGAGGGCUGCACCAAGAGUCCCGUUGUCUAUGUGCCCCCAGGUGCCUUGAUGAAUGCUCAAGGGCAGCUUAGGCCCAGGAAUAGGCGCACCUAUGAGCGCCGGGAGGAGCUGAUCGACAGGCAUCCCUUCAACUAAAGGGGCUAGUCCACACUCGAAUUUAGUUUUAUUAAGUGUUAUUGUUUGUCGGAGAUUUUUCAAUGUAAAUACAACCGAUUCCAUGAUUUGUUUAAACAGCCCAAAGGUAGACAAUGCUCUGGGGGGAUCGCCAGCUGAUUGAG